ACGCCCCUGUAGGAACAAGAAGAAACACAGAUUUAAACACUGAUUGUUUGCAUUAAUCUUUUCUCACAAUGAACUGAAUAAAAUUAAAAUUAGGAGGUAUUAAAGCCACAGGCUGCGCGCGCACUUUGUUGCCAUAAACCCAGAAAAUGAACAGAGCGCGUCCCCGCCCCCAGAGAGAGAGAGAGAGAGAGAGAGAGAGAGAGAGAGGAUGACAGCUUGUCUCACAUCCACAGACAUUUUCAGAGGCAGCUAAACGGUCUGAACAGCACUUUUGACGUCAGGAAUAAUCAUUACAGCCUACUCUCUCAUCCGGGUCUCCUUCUCCUCCUCUUGUGGUUUUAAUAUUUACUUCAUCCACAGCAGCGGCGGCGGGAGCAGCGGGAGCAGCGGGAGCAGCGCGCAGCCUUAACGCCAUAUGCACAGAGAGGGAGCCGCUCCAACUUUGUCCACCCGGAGCUCUCGGAGAGGAUGCUGCAGCUCAACAAGUCCGUUUCGUUCCGCGCACACUGACUGUUGAUGGCUGCGGAAUGGAGAUAGCCUUGGUGAGUUUUGAGAACGGCGGUGCCAAAGGGAGCGGAGGAGGAGGAGGAGGAGGAGGAGGAGGUGGAGGCAACAAUGCCGAGGACAGCUGCCGGAACGCGCUGGACGUCCCUCAGCCGGGCUUCGUUCAAACUGGACUCGGAGAGGACUACGGUAAGGAGCUGAACACCCGGGGGAGUCCUCAUCAGCAUCUUCAUCAUCAUCCUCCUCAGCAGCAGAGCUCCUGGAAAAUCAACGACAUGAACAACACUUUCAGCUGCAGCGAGAACGCCAUGGAUGCGCUUUUACGCGCGGACCACAGUCCACAUCUGUUCGACGAGGACAUGCUGGACAUGGACAUGGACACGGAGAGCAACGAGAGGGUGCUCAUCAACAUAGCCGGGCUGAGGUACGAGACCCAGCUGGGCACCCUGAACCAGUUCCCGGAUACUUUACUGGGAGACCCCGCCAAGAGGAUAAAAUACUUCGACCCGCUCCGGAACGAGUACUUCUUCGACCGCAACAGACCGAGUUUUGACGGGAUUUUGUAUUUUUAUCAGUCGGGAGGGAAAAUCCGGAGACCUGUCAACGUGUCCAUCGAUGUGUUCGCGGAUGAGAUUAGGUUUUAUCAGCUGGGGGAGGAGGCCAUGGAGAGGUUCCGUGAGGAUGAGGGCUUUAUAAAAGAGGAGGAAAAGCCGCUGCCUCAGAACGAGUUCCAGAAGCAGGUCUGGCUCAUAUUCGAGUACCCGGAGAGCUCCAGUCCGGCGCGGGGCAUCGCCAUCGUGUCCGUGAUCGUCAUCACCAUAUCCAUCAUCACCUUCUGCCUGGAGACGCUGCCGGAGUUCAGGGACGAGAGGGAGCUGCCCGUCACCAGCCGGCUGGACAACAGCACCGCGCCCCGGCCGUCCCUCACCUUCACCGACCCCUUCUUCAUCAUCGAGACCACAUGCGUCAUCUGGUUCACCUUCGAGCUGUUCGUGCGCUUCUUCGCGUGCCCCAGCAAGUCGGAGUUCUCCAAGACCGUCAUGAACAUCAUCGACAUCAUGUCCAUCAUGCCUUACUUCAUCACAGUGGGCACGGAGCUGGCGGAGCAGCAGGGCCAGGAGCACCAGAACGGGCAGCAGGCCAUGUCCCUGGCCAUCCUCAGGGUCAUCCGCCUGGUGCGGGUCUUCCGGAUCUUCAAGCUCUCCAGGCACUCCAAGGGGCUCCAGAUCCUGGGGCAGACUCUCAAAGCCAGCAUGCGGGAGCUCGGCCUCCUCAUCUUCUUCCUCUUCAUCGGAGUCAUCCUCUUCUCCAGCGCGGUGUUCUUCGCGGAGGCGGACGAGCCGGAGUCGCACUUCUCCAGCAUCCCCGACGCCUUCUGGUGGGCCGUGGUCACCAUGACAACCGUCGGUUACGGCGACAUGAGGCCGGUGACGGUCGGCGGGAAGAUCGUGGGCUCGCUGUGCGCCAUCGCCGGUGUGCUCACCAUCGCGCUCCCGGUGCCGGUCAUCGUCUCCAACUUCAACUACUUCUACCACCGGGAGACGGACCAGGACCAGUCCUCCCUGAAGGACGAGCCCAACAGCGGCCGAGCGAGUCCCGAACUGAAGCGCAAAGGGAGUAAAUCCUCCACCAAGUCUCAGGACGCGGAGAACAACGACGCGGGCGGUUCUUCGGUGGAGAAGGCGAACAUCAAAGCGAACAGCAGCAUGGACUUCAAGAGAUCCCUUUACGCGUUCUGCUUGGACACCCGGGAGACAGACCUGUAGUCCCGCAGCCCCCCCACUUAAAAAAAACCCCCAAACUGUUAAAGCCCAUAGUUGUGUAGAAUAAACCCCCAUUAAUGGGCUCUUAAGUCUUUGCACAUAGCAGUCGGAGGAUCAACACAUUGCAAUCCUGAAAAGUUUUAAGAGCGACCGGGGGUUGAUUUAUAAAAAGCACAUUUUAAUCCCGACUCAUCCUGUAAGCGCAUCCGUUAAAAACUGAGGAGUUAUGGACAUGUGAUGCAACACAGUGGCCCUUUAAAGCAGGAACACCUAAAAAGAACAUGAAAACUCCAGUUAAAUAGGACACGUAGCUGCACAUAAUCGAGGACAAGCAGGACUUGGAAUAAUUACUUGACACCACGAGAGGAUUAACAACCAGACUCUUGUACAUAAAUGUAGUGAAAACAUAUUCAGCCGUAGAAACAAACAGCCAAAUUUUAUUUUUCGUACCUUCCCUACAUUUAGUCAUUAUGUUUACGCUGGAAAAAAAAGCUGCAGCAAAUGUGUACAUAUCCCCCCCCCACCUGCUAUUUAUGAAUUGGAUUAUGGUGUUAUUGUAGAUUUAAAAACAAACAAACAUAUAUUUUUGAGAUGCAGACACCUGUCUCCCCUCCACUCAGGUUCUGUGAAAAAGAAGUGAGACACUUUUCCUGUUUUUCUAGAGUGGAUUCGCUCUCAGAGGACCUAAAGAGGAGAUUUUUAGACGCCUUGUUUAUGAUUUUUUGUUAAAGAAAAAGGACAUAUAAUAUGGAAGUACUGAGGGAAUGACAGCCAAGAAAAGAGGACAGCGCAGAGACCAUCUGGAGAGCUCGAGCCACACAGAUAACCAGAGAGUUGAAGCCCUGCCCUCCGACCAUCAGGAGAGUCGAUCCGCCUCCACCAGGACGCUCACCAACAACUGCUGCUGCACUUCAAACAAUCAGCAUCCAACCGCCCUUUUCUGGAACUCUGUGCCUUCAACCAAAAUUCACCAGUGAUACUUCUGAAGCUUUUGCUUUUUUUUUUGUUGCUUUUUGUUGUUGUUGUUGUUGUUGUUGUUGUUUUUCUUUGGAGCAGGACUCAGAGGAUAAAUCUGCCUGAUGUAGGAGGGCCUGGGAUCAUACUGCUGCUGCUCCCACACUUUAUCUCUCUGGAGACAACAAAUAAAAAAAAAAGAAAAACCUAACCAGGACAUGCAAAAUUUUGAUCAUUUUAACGUCCUAAACGUAUUUUUCUUUUUCUUUUUUCUACAAAUUGUGUCAGUGAUUUCCUUCAUAUCAGAAGAAAAUCCCUCGCUGUGCAAUAUCAGUCCAUAUUUAUGUGAAGUUGUCAUGUGGAUGUAGACUUUUUGACGAACUUUUUGGUUUUAUUUUUGUAAUGAUGUUUUCCUGAUUUCUAUUUUUCUAAAAUGAUAACGGUGUAAAGAUGAGGGGAGGGAAAAAAAAAAACAAAAACACAUUUUAAGGGAGAGAGGAUGUUUGGUUGUCGCUGAAGACGAUUUGUCCGAGUUUAGUUUUCCUCAACCGCAUCCCCUCCCGCUCUCGCCAGGGCCAAAGCCAUAGCCUAUCUCAGAUAACAAAGUUAGUGUCCCUAACAGCAAGAUGCAUUCAGGGUCUCGCAGUCUGGGGCCGACACCGCAGGCUCCUCUCGUCAGCUCAUCUUAGCUGUUGGAUUUAUUAUUUUUUUGAGCGAUGUUUUUGGUUUCUACUGUAUGUUUCAGGGGCUUGAAUCUGAAGUAUUUAGUAUUAUCUACCUUUGUGUGGCCUGUUCUUCUUGCUGUUAUUUUGUACUUCCUCCUACAUAUCAAUCAAGCAACUAUAAGUGGCAUGAGCGUACGUGAGAAAAAUGAAUGAGUGAGUUCGGCAGAAUGGGAGAAAAAAAAAAUGCUGUAAAUUCUCAAAUAAAAGCUGAAUAAUGAGCCCGGUCUCCUAUAAAAGCCUGGUCUCCUAUAAAAGCCUGGUCCAGGUAAGAUAAGAAAUGACCAGAGGUGGGAUCAAGUCCUGAACUUUGAGUCAUCACCUAAUAUAAAUGUAAUUUUAACAACAGAACAAAACAAAUUUAUUUGGUGUAUUUUUUUCAGUCAGUUCUUCAUGUUUCUCUCCUUAAACCUGAUUGGAUCCAACAAACUGAAUGAAAAACAUUCAGGAAAUUAACCUAUUUGUCUAAAUGUUUUUAUAUGUCUGAAAUGGGACGGCACCCUUACUUCUUACUGAGAGUACAGUCGGUGUAUUUUGGGGCCAACAGUUUUCCCUUUUUUGAUUUUCAAAAUAAAAAAAACAAUAAACAAAAAAAAGAAACAUUUUCUGUUGUGAAAAUAAAAUCGGAAAACAAAAACAAGUAAUUUAAAACAUUUAUAAGCACAUUGAAUAAAGUCAGAUUUUAUUUUCAGGACAAAAAACAAUGGAAAACAAGCUGUUGUCAGGAAGAAACUUGUUUUCUCAUUAUAAAAAAUAAAAUCUGUUGGCUGCAAAGUACACUGACCGAGGUCUGGAACUUAAUAUGUAGGGUAAAUGGCACAACAAAUCAGGUUUUUGUUGUUUAGGGUUAGGGUUGUGCUGAAUUAGGGUGCUGGGCUUUGGGGAAAGGUGUCAAGUAUUUUCAGAUCAAAAGUCUCAAGUCCAGGUUGAGUUUAAAGUCAUCAAAUUAGUGACUCGAGUCCAUGGGAGUUAUGUAAGUUACUACUUUUGUCUUUACAGGUUAAAGAAUCAUUUAUUCCCAAAUCAAACCACAAAGGUUCAUAAACUAGCGUCAGAGCUUUCAACCACAUCUCAAGGCCUUUGUACCAUAUCUUCUUCCUAAAGGCCAAUAAUUAAAAUCCAUAAUCAGUUUGUUGGUAGUCGAUGUUGAUGCUAUGUUCAUUGUGCUUUUGUAAAGACAAGUGCAAACUCAGAUAAAAGUCCACCAUUAAACCUACCUUUGGGUAAGAAAUGAUAUCUGGUCCUAAAUUAAAAGCUAUAAAUGUUUUAUUCCCGAGUUCGAAAAGGUCAAAUUUGACUGGUAACCUCUGAAACAACCAUCUUGAAGCUAACAAAUAACUCCAUUGUUUAAGGUAAUAAUUGUAUUUUAUUGUCCUCAAACCACCAACUCUGCGAUUGUACAGCCGUCUUGAGUUGAAAGAUAAAAACAGGAAUCUUUAUCAUCUCUAGCUAACAGACACACUGGUCCACCGUGUCAGUGUCACGUUUCCAACACAUUCUGACAUGAAGCUAGCAAUAAUAAAUAUGCAACAUCCAGUUACAUUUUCAAAAUAAAAGCUUGAUAAGGGUGCAGUUUGGUUACGUUUAGGCAACAAAACUACUUGAUUAGGAAAAUAUCGCAAAUCGUGUUACGUAUGUAACUUAAAAUAAGUCAACACCAUCCUUUUUGUUUCACAUGUGACUCAAACAACGAUCGCGAUGCAUCCGUCCUUUGUUGCUCUUUCUACUUUACUGACACUGACACGGUUUCCUGUCGCGGGUUAGCGAGUUUAUUCCAGACUGGGCUGCUCCAAUAUGACGCUGAGAACGCAGCAUUAGCUUCUUUAAUAAUUCAACGUUAGAUUUGUGCCUUGUUAGCUGACGUUGGAUCGCUAGUUGCUAAGCUAGCAGUAGAUCUGCUCUAUUAAUGUUAAACUAGCGAGAAAAGAAGUGCGAUAUUCUUGACUUCUUGAAAAUGUAAAUAAAAAGCAUUGUUCAGACCUACAGGAUAUAAAAGAAAAAACAAUGUGCUUUUACGCUACUAAUAAAACUUAAACUUCUGUAAUUGUUUCACAAUAAAAGUCUUAAGUGAAGGGAUUAUCGACUGAAGGCUUUUAAUGUGAAACUUUCCAUUAGAGACCCAGGCCACUAUUUGAGAAUUUACAGUACUUCCUGUUUUAUUGUUUCAAUCCUGUUUUUCUGCAGUUGUGAAAUGUGUUACGUGUUUCCUUGAAGCUGCUAUCCCUGUACUGUGUAGAUCGGAGAUGUCCUGCCUUAUCCCUGAAGUCCUACAAACAUCCUCCAUUAGCUCUCCACACACACACACACACACACACACACACACACACACACACAGUUUUCUUCUUCAUGGACUCAAUUAAAUGCAUCAGUGAUUCAGUCGAUUCAGUUUGUGCCUUUUAGGGAAAUUUUCACAUUUGAGUGUUUUUUGAACCGUCCCUUUAGCAGCCCCGCUUAGUGUCGGUUAGCUAUCUCGUUAGCUUCAGUUAUAUCAAUAUCAAUAACUUUUUAUUGAUUUAAAUGUUGUACAAUCCUGAGAACAAAUGGAAGUUAAGGAUCAGUGCACAGAAAGCAGAAAGAAGCUCAGAAAACUUGAAACUGAAAUCAAUAUCCGAUACAGAUAAUUUACAAAUACGAGUAUCAGCUCAUCAAUUCAGAAGCUGUAAUUUAUUUUAUAAUCAAUAUAGCAGCUUCUGAUCAACCCAUAUCAAUUGAUCCUUUUCAAACCUCGGUCAACUUCCUCCUUUAAUGUACUUAGAUACAGAUGAGGUUUGCUCAACUGUUAUUGGAGCAGAGAGCAAAGGGGCGGGACUUAGGAGCAAAAAGGAGGCGGGGCUUGUGAAAGGGUGUUCUGAGUAUUGAUACGAAUAUAGAUCAUUUAUCUGGUUGAACAGACGGUGAAAACAGCUCACAUGUACAAACUUUGAUCCCAUCAGAGGCACAAACUGAAGCACAAAGUCCACAAAUUAGUUUAUUUGUUAAUUUAUUCAAUCAAAUCCACAUUUUUGCUGCAUUUUUGACAUUUUUCAACAUUUCUUGAAAAGCAAACUGUUUGUAGGCGAAUCUCCCUGCAAAGUGUAACUUUCUUUUAAUGCAUGGUUUCGAUUGAAUACGUUCAUAUCUAUCCAGGGAUGUUGUGUUCUGCCACCAGUAGUGGAGGUAGUUUCCCUUCCUGUGUGGAGUCUUUGCUGCCUGUGAGUGUGAAUCAUCCGUGAAGCUGCCUCCGUCCAUCAAGUACCUUUACUGACACCAUUCCCCAAAACAACGCUGCCAAAUUGGUCUGAAUAAGCCAAAUUAUUUUCUCUGUGUAUAAGUGGUUUAAGUGUAUCACAUGUUAAACCUCAUCCCGUUAAUGUUACAUUGUGUUUUUAACAAAAAAGACUCCUGUUUGUUAAAUUGUUAAUAAUAUAUGCAGAAGAGUUAUGAAAUAAACUGAAACAAACUCA